AUGCAGUUACAAUGUGCAGAAACUGAAGAAUCUCGGAUUAAAAUACAACAGGAUAGUGAGCUGCACCAUAGGAAGGCAGAAGCUGGGUAUCGUUUCCUAAAGGAAGACAUCGAAUCAAGUAAAGUGUCCACCACUAAGCAUGUUUUAUGCAUUGAUAUGCAGCAGGUUUUAUUCUGCCCUACCCUGACACACUCUUCAGUAUUUUAUCAGCGGCAGUAUUCCUGCUAUAACAUCUGUAUUCACAAUGGCGGAUUAAAUAAUGCCAGAAUGAAUUUAUGGCACGAAUCUAUCGCUGUACGAGGUUCUGCUGAAAUAGUAUCGGCAUUAUUAGCUUAUAUAGAAGAUCACUUUGAUAUUUUGAAACCGGGAGAAGAACGCCAUCUGAUACUAUGGUCUGAUAGAUGUGUCGGCCAGAAUAACAACUGGAAAGUGGUAAACUUGUGUCACUAUUUAGUACAGUGCCAUUAUUUUACCAUUGUUGAACAGAAAUUUCUUUGCUCAGGAUACAGUUUUUUACCGUGUGACAGAAAUUUCGCACUUAUUGAACAAAGAAAGAAGGUAUGUAAAGUCUAUGUUCCUGAUAUGUGGAAAGAAGUUAUAGAAAGUGCCAGUCAUAAAAAUGCUUUUGAAGUCAAACUGCUCCAGCAAAAUGAUUUUAAAGAUUUCGCGCCAAUCGAAAAAAAUGUUAAGAAAAAUCCUAAUUUAAAGAUUACUCAAUAUAUGUGGUUUAGAUAUAGUGCAGAUGAUCCUUCUAAUGUAAACGUGCGUCCAAGCCAUAAUACGUUUGCUCCUUGGACUUCAUUCAACAUAUUUACAAAAAAAAGAUGCAAGCUCCUGGACGCUCAAAUCUUCCUCUACUUUAUAAUGAACCACUGA